AAGCGUACAUACUAAUAUUAAUAAUGCGAUUGUGUUGUACAUAAAUAUUCACUGUGCGGUACUGGAUUAUAUACUUGUAUUCAUUGUGUGGUGGUGGAUUUAUUCACACGAUUCAUUAUGUCACUACGACGGUUCUUCCAGACGGGAGGUAUUGAUCAGAAGAUUACAGAUUAUGGCGGACAGUAUGCGGCGAGUACAUAUUUGGAGACGCAGUAAAUGCAGAUUAAUGCAAGGGCAUGGUCAAUAUGGCACAGAAGUAUAUACCAGGGUUGACAGCUAGGCCUACAGAGGACCCCACACAAUCAAAAGCAGCUAUUCCAAAAGAAGUACCAGAUGAAUUAAUUGAAGCAUUUAAAGAUGGUUCCAAGCAGCCAAUCAGUGCUUUGACAGAGUACUGUUCAAUGCAGAGAUUGACUAUCUCUUUUAAAGAGGUGCCAGUGAAGAAUUACUCACUGGUGAACAAGUUUGCCCAUGCUUGCACAGUAAAUGAUGUUACCUACCCACAAGGAACAGGAAAGACCAAAAAGGAUGCAAAGGCAAAUGCAGCCAAAGUGGCAUUUUAUAUAAUCCUUGGGGAAGAGACGUUUGAAGACUAUGGAGAAGAAACCCCAUUUGGAGCUCCAGGAGGUCCAGAAAGUACAACUCUGUACAGUCGUACCUCAGGAGCACCUGUCUCACAAUCCCAGCAACCAUACAAGGCAAUGGAACAAACUGGAGAGUACGAGCCACCACCCCAGAAAAUCAGUCCCGACAAAAUAUUUAUGGAUUACUGUGCCAUGAUGAAGAAGCAAGGGUCUGUGGAGGUUCCUGAUGCUCUUGGCCCCUUUGGAUUUACAGCGAAAGUGAUUAUAGGUGGGAGGAUGAUCAGUGAGGCCGUGGGUAAAACUAAACGUGCUGCAAGACAGACUGCCUUGUUAGAGGCUAUAGAACAACUACAGAUGUCGGAGCAGCUAUACAACAAGAAGGACACACUGGAAGAUGAAAUGGCGAAGGCUUGUUACAAGAAAUUGGAGGAUCUUCUCUCACAGUGCCAUGCUUGUCCAGAAAUUAUUGCUGCUAAACACUCAUUUGCAGCUUUCGUUGUUAAAAGGGGAGUGAGUGAUAAAGGGGAGAUAGUUGCGUUUGGGACAGGUAACACAUGUUUAUCCUGUGAGAAUCUUAGUACAGACGGAAGAGCCAUUAUUGACAGUUAUGCUGUAGCAGUUGCCAGGAGAGCGCUGCUUAAGUAUUUCCACAAAGAAAUAAAGAGCUAUUUUGAUGGUGCUAAGGUGUUAUCUAUAUUUGAGGAGAGUGAGACACCAGGUAUACUACAGUUUAAGGAACAUAUUACGCUACAUCUAUACCUUAGUCAACCUCCCCCUGGCGACUACAGAGAAUGUCUCGAUAUUAAAUGUGACCCAUUGACUCCAGAACAAGAAGAUGCGUUAGAAGAUGGUUCACAUUUCCCAGCAUUCAAUGAUGAUUUACCGGGCUGGUUCUCUGUCAAAAAUGAAGAUGGGCUUGUGGAGUGUGUAGAGGAGGAGCAGGCUGCUGUGCAGGACCUUGCUAACUUACAGGAAGGUUCCGACGAUCUCCUAGUCAUGUCGUGUAGUGAUAAACUCAUGCAGUGGAAUGUUCUAGGUGUGCAGGGUGCACUCUUUAGCGUUUUCCUGAAGCCAGUCUAUAUAGAUUCCAUUGUUUUAGGUAGAGAAUAUCAUCAUGGGCAUUUUUCACGUGCAAUGUGUUGUAGAGUGUAUUCCAUACUCAAAAAAUACCUCCCAGAACCGUACGAUAUACAUCACCCUUGCCUGUCAACAGUUAACCUUCACAUUGAGGAGAAAGAUGGCAAGCAGACGCAAUUCAGUUUGAACUGGUCCAUGGGUGAUGAAAAUCCAGAAAUUAUUGAUGGUUUCUCUGGCAAAGUCAUUGAUAGGUCACCAUUCAGGAGCACAAAGAACCAGGGAUUGUGUGCAAGCAGGCUUUGUAAAGCAGCUUUUCUGUUCAGGUUCCGUGACAUUGGAAAAGUUCUGAAGAAUAGAGACAUGUGUGUUGCCCCAAAUUACAUUGAGGCAAAAUUCUUGGCUGAUAAUUACCAGGAAGUGAAACAGAAAUUCCGGCAUUUUACGCAUAAAAUGGGCCUCGGACAUUGGAUCCAGAUGCCAAAAGAGAUUAGCAUGUUUGAAAAGUGAUAGUUUCAAGCAGAAGUUUUUGUGUUAAAAAUGGUUUCAUCAGAAUAAGAUCUGGAUAAUGAAAGAUAUUCUUCUAGGACUUAGUUCCACAAAUAAAUGGAUUUAAAUUUGGAAAGAGAUUUACACACUUAGAAAGUGGUUCUUUGGUGUAAUUUUGGCCAUAUAACGACAGUAUUUUCAUUAGAACUACUAUUAAGUGCAAUAGAAAUCAGCAAUAGAAAACUUUACCUUGUUUCAGAUAUAUGAAAGGAAUCACUGCGAAAUAUUCAGGCAUAUUUUUACAUGUUAUUCGUGUCUUAUUACUUCUUGAUUUGAUUGUUGAAAAUAUUAUCAGGAGUUACCACUCAACUGUUCGAAAGAUAUUGAGAGCUUAUAUACCCUCCAUUGUGUCUGCAUCAGCAUGCAGAGCUUGGUUAAAGCUUUCAUGCAGUCUAUCUCUGUUAUUACAUGAAGGACUUGCUACAAACUUACAGUAGUUGUUCCUCAUUAUCAGUUACAUUAUAUGAUACAAGGGGUAUAACUCUGUGACCAAUAUUUUAGGAAUCAGGCUUCCUUUGUAUUAUAAUUUCAGGUGAAAGUUUUGAUGCACUUACACUCUAUCUCUGUUAUUACUUAAUGGAUUUGAUUGAGACUUGAAAUAUUGAUCCACAUCAUAAACCACAUCAUUAGACGGAAGAUCAAUAUUUCUGGCAACAAUAUUUCAUGAAUUAUGUCCCCUUUUCAUAUAGAAUUUCAAGUUUAAGUUUUGAUACACUUUAUUAUUACAUAAUGGAUUUGGUUCAAACUUAAAAUAUUGUCUCAUACUAUCACCCACAUAGUAUACAAAGGCUAUAACUGUAGCUGAAAUAUUAUUAUUAUUAUAUAUAGCAAGUUCCAUGAAAUAUAGAUGUGUGUGACACAUUUCUUUCUGGGAUGGACAAAAGUGGGGAGCUCCAAUAACCAGUAUAUUUCUCCAAUGAUAGCUCUGUUUCAUUAUCAGGCAGCAAAAUAGUCAGAUAUGCUGACUCAUCUGACAUCUCCUCAUUUUAGUACCUGUAGUCAGAACACUUCACUGCUGAAUACCUUAAGAGAUUGUUAGAUUUUUUGGUGGAAGCUAACAUGUAAAAGAAACUGAUGAUAAUGUUGUUGAGUCUUCAGAUUGUUCUUUUUAUGUUUUAGUAGCUGUAGAUUUAACUUGUUAAGUUAAAUGUUGGUAAUUUUGCUUUGUAUUAGGAGUGUUUUUUACCCAGUAUUUUUUCUGAUUGCAUAAUAUUUCAGUUUAUUUUUUUGCUAUGCAGUAUACAGUAAAAUCUGUAUAAAUAGACCAUACUUUGAAGAGCCACAAACUAUUCUUUUACUUUCAAGCGGUCUAUAUUCAUGGCAAAUGUUAAACAAGUAGUUUUUAGCUCACCUGAGCAAUGCUCAGGUGAGUUUUUCUGAUCGCUCAAUGUCCGUCGUCCGUCGUCCGUCGUCUGUCGUCCGUCGUCUGUCAACAUUUAGCUUGUGUAUGCGAUAGAGGCUGUAUUUUUCAAUUAAUCUUCAUGAAUAUUGGUCAGAAUGAUAACCUUGAUGAAAUCUAGGCCGAGUUCGAAAAUGGGUCAUCUCGGGUCAAAAACUAGGUCACUAGGUCAAAUCAAAGAAAAACCUUGUGUAUGCGAUAGAGGCUGUAUUUUUCAUUUAAUCUUCAUGAAUAUUGGUCAGAAUGAUAACCUUGAUGAAAUCUAAGCUGAGUUCGAAAAUGGGUCAUCUCGGGUCAAAAACUAGGUCACUAGGUCAAAUCAAAGAAAAACCUUGUGUAUGCGAUAGAGGUGGUAUUUUUCAAUUAAUCUUCAUGAAUAUUGGUCAGAAUGAUAACCUUGAUGAAAUCUAGGCCGAGUUCGAAAAUGGGUCAUCUCGGGUCAAAAACUAGGUCACUAGGUCAAAUCAAAGAAAAACCUUGUGUAUGCGAUAGAGGCUGUAUUUUUCAAUUUUUCUUCAUGAAUAUUAGUCAGAAUGAUAACCUUGAUGAAAUCUAGGCCGAGUUCGAAAAUGGGUCAUCUUGGAUCAAAAACUAGGUCACUAGGUCAAAUCAAAGAAAAACCUUGUGUAUGCGAUAGAGGCUGUAUUUUUCAAUUGAUCUUCAUGAAUUUUGGUCAGAAUGAUUGCCUUGAUGAAAUCUAGGCCGAGUUCGAAAAUGGGUCAUCUCGGGUCAAAAACUAGGUCACUAGGUCAAAUCAAAGAAAAACCUUGUGUAUGCGAUAGAGGUGGUAUUUUUCAAUUGAUCUUCAUGAAUUUUGGUCAGAAUGAUUAUUUUGAUGAAAUCUAGGCCGAGUUCGAAAAUGGGUCAUCUGGGUUCAAAAACUAGGUCACUAGGUCAUAUCACGUAAAAACCUUGUGUAUGCGAUAGAGGCUGUAUUUUUCAAUUGAUCUUCAUGAAUUUUGGUCAGAAUGAUUGCCUUGAUGAAAUUAACCCCAAGUUCGAAAAUGGGUCAUCUGGGGUCAAAAACUAGGUCACUAGGUCAAAUCAAAGAAAAACCUUGUGUAUGCAAUAGAGGCUGUAUUUUUCAACUGAUCUUCAUGAAAUUUAGCCAGAAUGAUUACCUUGAUAAAAUCUAGGCUGAUUUCGAAAAUGGGUCAUCUGGGAUCAAAAACUAGGUCACUAGGUCAAAUUGAAGAAAAACAUUGUGUAUGCAAUAGAGGAUGUAUUUUUCAAUUGAUCUUCAUGAAAUUUGGUCAGAGUGAUUGCCUUGAUGAAAACUAGGUCGGUUUUGAAUAUGGGUUAUCUGAGGUCAAAAACUAGGUCACUAGGUCAAAUUAAAAAAAAAUCUUGUGUAUGCGAUAGAGACUGUUUUUUUCAGUUGAUAUUUAUGAAAUUUGGUCAGGUUGAUUGCCUAAAUGAAAUCUAGGUCGAAUUUGAAUAUGGGUCAUCUGAGGUCAAAAACUAGGUCACUUGGUCAAAUCAAAGAAAAAACUUCUGUAUGUGAUAGAGGCUGUAUUUUUCAGUUGAUCUUCAUGAAUUUUGGUCAGAAUGAUUGCCUUGAUAAAAUCUAGGUCGAGUUUGAACAUGGGUCAUCUAGGGUCAAAAACUAGGUCAUAUAUAAGAAAAUGCUUGUUUUAUCGCAAGAGACCAAUUUUUUGGUCCAAUCUUAAUGAAAAUUGGUCAGAAUAUUUGUUUCCAUGAAAUCACUAGGUCAAACAUGUUUUACACUGUUAUGGAGUGUUUCUUAGGUGAGCGACCUAGGGCCAUCUUGGCCCUCUUGUUUCAGUGAAAGGUUUGACUGUUCACCUGCUCUAAUUUCUCCUGUGUUUAUGCAUUCUUCCAGAUCUUAUGAUACAAAAAUUUAAUAUCUUCUUCAUUUUUAGCUCACCUGAGCAUAAGGCUCAUGGUGAGCUUAUGUGACCGCUCAAUGUCCGUUGUGUGUCGUGCGUCCGUCAACAUUUUCUAAAAAAAUCUUCUUCUUGAAAACCACUGGGCGGAAUUACACCAAACUUCACAGGAAUGAUCCUUGGGUGGUCCACUUUCAAAAUUGAUCAAAGAAUUUAAUUCCAUGAAAAGAGGCCCUGCCCCGGGGGGUCUCAAAUUUUACAUAGACUUACAUAGGAAAAAAACUUAAAAAAAUCUUCUUCCCUGAAAAUGCAAGGCCUAGGCUUUUGGUAUUUGGUAUGUCGCCUUUCCUGGAGUUUCUCUACCAAAUUUGUUCAAAUUAUGUCCCUAGGGUGAAAAGAGGCCCUGCCCUGGGGGUACCAAGUUUAAUAUAGCUUUAUAUAGGAAAAAAAAGAUAGUCUUGUCUGAAAGUUCAAGGCCUAGGCCUUUGAUAUUUGGUAUGUAGCAUUGCCUGGUGGAUCUCUAACAAGUUUGUUCAAAUUAUGCCCCUGGGGUGAAAAGAGGCCCCGCCCCGGGGGUCACUUGUUAUAAUUAUGAGUUAUAUAGGAAAAAAUACUUCAAAAAUUAUCAGAUCAUAUUUCCUAGACUGUUUAAUUAUAGUUACCUGAUGACCCCAAGCGAAUAAAGAUCACUUGACUGUGACUUUGACCUACUGACCUACUGACCUACUUUCUUGUUUCUCAAGAUACAGCCUUGAAAUUUGGAUGACAUGUACAGUUUUGCACACCAAUCUUAAAACUGACUCAGUUACCAUGAAUGUGACCUACUGAUCUACCUUCUAAAUAUUUUAGCAUCAGUUUGCCAUUUGAAACAUGUGGCUCUAUUUACUCAGGUGAGCAAUCCAGGGUCAUCAUGACCCUCUUAUUUUAGCUUUGUUUUUGCAGCAAAUUGCAGGGAAGUCACUGUAGCCUUCUUUUAUUUAAUUGUUCACGUGUUUGGUAAGUAAGGGACUGAAAAAUUAGAAUUUCUUAUUUAAAUUUAGGAUUACUUUUGUUAAAAUGACUAUAUGUACAGAAAUACACCAGGCACUCGAAAAAAAAGCUCAUUUUAACAAUGGUUUUGAGUGAUCCAAAUACAGAAAAUAUGUAAGUGUACAUCAAUUGCUUGAGUCAGUGGUGGCACUCGAGUCAGAGACACUCCAGACAGUGAAGUUAUACUGUAUACUGGUUUCAUUAUCAUGUUUUGUUAUCAUUUCAUUUACAGAUGUAUAUUUCUCACACACAGUGCUGUCAUUACCUCAUCAGGGAGAUGUUUUAUUUUUUUAAUUAAAAUUUAUGAAAAUUCUUAA